AUGUCUUUUGAGAGACGCCAAAUAUCCUGGCCCAGAAGUAACAUUCUAUACUCUACUGUAAUUAGGAGUUGCGCAAUUUUAGGGGGCCCCGCCCAAAUUGCCGGCGUCCAAGCCUCCCUUAUCCGCAAUAACAGUGACGGGACGUUCAGUUUGGACGAACUCAGAGACAGAAUCCGGAAAAAUCCGGACUGUCAUGAGCCCUACACCACUCUAGUCAUUAUUGAAAACACCCACAACAUGUGUGGCGGAAAAGUAUUACCGUUAGAUUGGAUCGAAAAAGUGAAAAACAUUUCAAAAGAGUACAACAUUCCGGUCCAUAUGGACGGGGCUCGCGUCAUAAACGCCGCCGUCUACCUCAAAGUACCUGUCGAACGCGUCGUCCGGGACGUGGACACCGUUUGCUUCUGCCUGAGUAUUAGCGACAUGAAGUCCAAGACAUUUCAAGUGGACUUGUCGGGCGUCCAAACCAACAUUUAGAGUUGAUAAAAAAAA